AUGCGGCCCUCGAUAGGCCUCGUGGGCCUGCUUUUGCUCGUCGCGCCAACCGUUCUCUCGCAAACUCUCGAUGACCUGCCGGAACUGAGCACUGUUACGCAGUCCGACGGAGACGGGAAGACCACAACCGCGGCACCAGAGUCGACGGCAAAGUCGGACGAGCCUUCGUCCACAGCAGCAGAAGAAACUUCGACAGCUGAAGCCACGAGCGCUCCAGCAUCGUCGAGCGCAGACGCCACUCAGUCUGAAUCCGGAUCAGCGACUUCACCAAAUGCCUUCCGCCUUACCGGUCUCCCGACGAUCGCCGGUGUUGGUAUCCCAGAUAUGAAAGUGCCAGACACAGCGGGUGCGCCGUUCAUGCAGAAGUCGAAUCUGCCAGACGGAACCGUUUUCAUAUGCGUGGGCGCUGUGCUAGCGUUCCUCGGUGCGGCAGUACUCGCCUGGCGGGGUCUCGUCGCGUGGUCGUUGCAUCGCUCCGUUAAACGCGCCGCGAUGGCUCAGAACCUGGCAGAUCUGAAGGCUAUGUCAGCUGUUCCAGGCAAGAAGCGGGGUCUUUACAACGUCGUCGGCGCAAGCUCCAACAUGUCGCUGGAUCGUCUCUCUGCUGCUCCCACGGGUACAUCCAAGCCUCCAAAACCUUUUGCCUCGACCACGACCGGCACUCCCCCCAAGUCGACUUCUUCGCUUUUCUUCUCGCCAACAGCAGGCGGCGCUGGAGGCCUUCGAGACUCCGUCAACCGCUCUUCAAAUUACCUACCUGCAGGUUAUUACGCAUCUGGCAAUGCGCAAGCCGCAUCAGGAUCACCCAUGACACACGUCGGAGGCCAUGCAUCACAUCAAUCCAUGCAUUCUCUCCACAUCCCUGGAAACCGCUUCAGCACACGGUCCGGUAUCUCUCCUCCCGGCUCGCCUUCUCUUCCACCUUCGCGCGGAUAUGAUCGGCCACCGCCAUCUCGAGAUGGUAUCUCGCUCUACAACCGGAACAGCGUAGCGACGCUCGGUACACCAGCGAAUGGCAGGGGCAUAUACGGACAUGAGCAUGGGAAUCCCAGCCAACUUUCUCUGAACGUGCCAGGUGGUUCGAGCGUAACGGGGGGACGAGCACCGAGCGCGUAUCUGGAAGAUUUGUUCGAGAACCACGGCAAUGGACCGAGGGAAAGGUUCUAG